CAGCCGGGUUCUUUCUUCUCCGUGUACUCGCUGUUGGCUCUGGAAACUUCUGAACAGACCGGGUGGGGAAAAAAUUGAAUCUGAGGCCAUCCGAAGCCGAAGCGCGGAGUUUCGUGCCCUGGCCUCUCCAGUCUCACUGCUGUUGCAGAUGCAAUCAGAACCAGCCUGGGACCCAAAGGCAUGGACAAGAUGAUCCAGGAUGAGAAAGGUGACGUGACCAUUACCAACGACGGGGCCACCAUCCUUAAGCAGAUGCAGGUCCUCCACCCAGCAGCCAAAAUGCUGGUAGAACUGUCCAAAGCCCAGGACAUCGAGGCUGGUGACGGCACAACCUCUGUCGUGGUGAUUGCUGGAGCGCUGCUGGACGCCUGCUCUAAACUGUUGCAGAAAGGUAUCCACCCCACCAUCAUCUCGGAGUCGUUCCAGAAGGCGGUGGACAAGGGCGUGGAAGUGCUGACAGCCAUGAGCCGUCCAGUGCAGCUGAGCGACCGCGAGACGCUGCUCAACAGUGCCACCACGUCGCUGUGCUCCAAGGUGGUGUCUCAGUACUCCAGCCUGCUGGCACCCAUGAGCGUCGAUGCUGUUAUGAGAGUGAUCGACCCGGGCAGCGCCACCAGCGUUGACCUACAGGACAUCAAAAUCAUCAAGAAGCUUGGAGGGACCAUUGAUGACUGUGAGCUUGUGGAUGGCUUGGUACUGACCCAGAAAGUGGCUAAUACCGGUGUGACCCGUGUGGAGAAGGCCAAGAUCGGCCUCAUCCAGUUCUGCCUGUCUCCUCCUAAAACAGACAUGGACAACCAGAUUGUUGUGUCAGACUAUGCCCAGAUGGAUCGUGUGCUGCGUGAGGAGCGCGCUUACAUCCUCAACUUGGUCAAACAGAUCAAGAAGGCUGGCUGCAACGUGCUGCUGAUCCAGAAAUCCAUCCUCAGAGAUGCGCUGAGUGACCUUGCACUUCACUUCCUCAACAAAAUGAAGAUUAUGGUGGUGAAAGAGAUAGAGAGAGAAGACAUUGAGUUCAUCUGCAAGACUAUAGGAACCAAACCCAUUGCCCACAUUGACCACUUCACUCCAGAGAUGCUGGGCACGGCAGAGCUGGCGGAGGAGGUCAACCUCAAUGGCUCUGGGAAACUGAUCAAGAUCACAGGCUGCACCAGCCCUGGGAAGACGGUGAGCAUUGUGGUUCGAGGCUCCAACAAGCUGGUCAUCGAAGAGGCAGAACGCUCCAUCCACGAUGCUCUGUGUGUCAUCCGUUGCCUGGUGAAGAAGAGAGCCUUGAUAGCUGGUGGUGGUGCUCCAGAAAUCGAGCUCGCUGUGCGUCUGGCUGAGUACUCCCGCACGCUGGCUGGCAUGGAGGCCUACUGCGUGCGAGCGUAUGGCGAUGCAUUGGAGGUGAUUCCCUCCACAUUGGCCGAGAACGCCGGCUUGAACCCAAUCUCCACUGUGACAGAGCUCCGCAACAGGCAUGCACAGGGAGACAAGAUGGCUGGCAUCAACGUCCGUAAGGGGGGUAUUUCCAACAUCCUAGAGGAGCUGGUGGUGCAGCCUUUACUGGUUUCUAUCAGUGCACUGACCCUGGCCACAGAAACAGUCCGCAGCAUUCUCAAGAUUGAUGAUGUGGUGAACACCCGAUAAGCAUUCUGAGUCUUUGUGUCAUUAAGCCUGCUCGUACUGCGAUGGAGCCGAGGACUCUGUCGACGUCAGUCUGUUCAGAUUUCCACUGUAGGUGUUACAUUGCAUAAUUUAAUAAAAAAGGCUUGGUUUUGUUGACA